GAAACCAGGGAGUGCCACGUGGGACACUACCUGGCACCCGGGCAUCGCAUCUUGGGGAAGAACCACGAAGAGAGACAGCCAAGGCCAAGCCACCACUCUUCUCUCUCUCCCUCUCUCUCUCUCGCCUAUGGCGGUUCUUCUGCAUCACCUCCAUUCCUAAUCAUCACGGGGCAUCUCACUCAUUCUCUCCCUUCUUUCUCUGUAUGCAUAUCUCCAUCUCUCUCUGCUCUUAUAGAUCAUCCGCUCAGAGCUGAAACCCACGCCGCAAAGCUUCAACGGAAGGUAGAGGGGGUUAAAUUAGCUUGGGAGUUCCUCCGAAAAUUCUCAGAGGAUCUAUUUACGACUGGGUUUCAGAAUUUAGUCGUGGGUGUUUUGGUAGUCUCCAAUUCAGGUACCCAGCUAUCGUUUCUCCCUGGAAUUGGUUGAUUCGGGUUUUGAUCUUUGGAUCUUUGUUCAGAAAUUUGGGAAAUCUUGGAAUUUCGUGGCGGAAAUAUUCACGUGCUCAUAUAUUUUUUCUAGAUUUUUUUGUCGUAGCUUUCAAUUGUAGCAGUGGUUGUUAUUAGGAAAUGUGAUGGUUUUUAGUGUUAAUGAUGAGUUUAACAAAGGAGAGUUUGUUGAUUUGGAUAAGUGAAGUUGGACUGCUUCGUGGCUUUGCUUUUGGGUUUCCGCUCCAAUUUGCGACAAUUUUAAGCUAUAUUGUGUGAGUGACACUCGUGCAAUAACAGAAUUGUAUACUUGAGGCAGUCUGAGAACCCUGCUUAUCGGCAACACGCUUCUCAAUCUGCAUACUCGAUGGAAAGCCCUUGCGCAACCCCAAGGUCAUUCUUGGGCUCGACCCCUUGUUCGAAUGACGAAAGCCCGCGCGUGAAAUUUUUGUGUAGUUUUUCUGGUAGUAUAUUGCCGCGCCCCCAAGAUGGAAAGCUCCGGUAUGUGGGUGGAGAGACACGAAUCGUGAGCGUGCCGCGAGGUAUUACUUAUGAGGAGUUGAUGAGUAAAAUGAGGGAGCUUUAUCAAGGAGCUACUGUGUUGAAAUACCAGCAGCCUGAUGAGGACCUUGAUGCGCUUGUAUCAGUUGUUAAUGAUGAUGACGUGACUAACAUGAUGGAAGAGUAUGAUAAGUUGGGUUCUGGCGAUGGGUUCACCAGGCUUAGGAUUUUUCUGUUUUCCCACACUGACCUAGAUGGGUCGCACUAUGUUGAGGGGAAUGAGAGGGAGACCGAGAGGAGGUAUGUAGAUGCUCUGAAUAGUUUGAAUGAUGCUUCUGAUUUUAGGAAACAGCAGCAGCCUGAGUCCCCCAGGAUUAGUGUGGUUGAGGAUAUCCAUGUUGCAGAACAUUUUUUUAACCCAAUUAGUGUGGAGGGUGGCCUUCAUAGCCAAAGGACAUCUGAAACGCCCUUGCCACAGUUUAACUUGCGUCACCUUACAAUUCCCCACGUGGGAUCGGCACCACACCAGCCGCAGAGGUAUAAUGAAAUGGAAGCUCCAUGGAGCCCUGCAUACUAUUCUCCUAGGCACUAUGGGCCCCAUGAUCCUAGACAAUUGGUAGAGUAUCCAUCUUCACCUUCUUCUGCUCGUUACCGUAUGCCAUUCACAGAAUUAACAGAAAAAUGCUUUGAUAGAAUGCCAGAUGAAUAUUCUCGGCAGCAAGUAAAUCACCAGCCCAGGCAUGAGCACCAACCACAAUAUUCUGAGAAUGUUGUAUGGGUGCCAACUGGAGCUAUAUCUGGGGAGAAGUCUGUUUUUCCUGGUAAUGUUUUUCAGCCCAGCAUUCUUGAAGGGAACAGUGUCUGUGAGCAUUGCCGGAUGACUUUCCAUCGAAAUCAGCCACAUUUGGAGCACCCCCACAUGGGGAAUGGGUUUUCCCAUUUUUCUAAUUCAUGUGCUGAUUGUCCCCAAAAUAGGGAGACUCUCAUUCUGAAUGCAGAUGCCAACUCACACCAUGGUAUUUACCCCAACGAGCCAAAUAGCGAUCAUCGAUCUAUUCAUAAUGAAACUCGAAAUCAUGAGAGAGGAUGGAUCCUGCAGCAACAGUUGAAUGCUCAGGUUGAUGAAGCAAGAAUGCAUGUCUCUGGAGCUGGAAGAUUGGGCGAUCACUUUAUUGUAGAUGGACCAGGGAUGAGUUUCCCUCUUGGGCAUGGUAAUAUAGAAGAUAGCCAAUCUGUGUCCACAAACUAUGCUCAUCACUUAGGUGGACCUGACUUGGGGAAUGAAGUGUUGCAUGACCAAGCUAUGGCUUCUCUACCCCACAUAUGUGUUCCUCCUCCUGAAGAAUGUGGGGUCCAGUAUGGGAAUCUGCCUUGCGCAUAUGGAGGAGAUAAUCUUUAUCCAAUGUCACAUGGAAAUGUACCUGGACAUGCUUUAUGGAGAAAUAAUCCAGUGCAUGUUACUGCUUCUUAUGAAGCCUCCAGUUCAGCUCAGCAAGUGAAUGGUACUGUUAAUCCUGGAUUUACUAGGCGUGAGGGUAGUCCAAGGUUCUGUGUCGGUGCGGAAAGUCAAAUUUCUAGGGUAGAGUCCUCGCAAAAAGUGAUGGGUCUCGAUGGGAAAGCUGUGCCAGAAUAUUCUUAUGGCCAUGCUUUAAAACUGAACCCAAACACAUUUUAUCAGGAAAGCCACCACUCAUCUCGGCCCCUGCCCGACAUGGCGAACUUUGCCGCCCCCUUGGAACCUGUGCCACCUUUGGAUUCAUCUUCAACUUUGGUUCAUGAUAAACUGGUUUCUUUGGCAACUCCUGGUUAUAAUUCAGAUCCAAGAAAUGUGAAAAGCAUCCCUGAAGUGGUGAGAUCAGAGGUGAAAAGUAUACUUGGUGAAGAAAAAGAUGCAAGUCAAGUAGAAAAAGUUGGGAACUCUGAUUUUCGGACUAUAUAUUGUCCAGAGCCAAAGAAAAUUGCUGAUAAGAUUUGUGAGGAGAAAUUCAAUCUGCUUAAAAUCUGCAGAGGGAGUAGUGGUGUUGUGAAACCGGGUGAAAAGGACCUUUCUGCUGCUGAAGGUCCCAAGGUUUCAGUUGACCAUUUGAGUCUCUUACCCGAGUUGAUCGCUUCUGUAAAGAGAGCAGCAUUGGGAGGGGCUGAAGAGGUGAAAGCUAGAGUCAAAGAAUGUACUAACCUUAAAGAAGCAACUGGAAAUGGAAUGGAAGCAACGAAUGCCCAUGGGGAUCUAGAGUUGGAUUAUGAUAAUGACAAUCUGAAUACCAACAAGAUUGAGCCAACAAAGGCUGAGGCAGAAGCAAUUGACAGGGGAUUACAGACAAUAAAGAAUGAUGAUCUGGAGGAAAUCCGGGAAUUAGGCUCUGGAACAUAUGGGUCUGUUUAUCAUGGGAAAUGGAAGGGUUCUGAUGUAGCAAUAAAGAGAAUAAAAGCCAGUUGUUUUGCGGGGAGACCCUCUGAAAGGGAACGCUUGAUUGCAGAUUUCUGGAAGGAGGCUUUGAUAUUGAGUUCAUUACAUCAUCCAAAUGUUGUUUCUUUCUAUGGAAUUGUUCGGGAUGGUCCUGACGGAUCCUUAGCAACCGUGACAGAGUUCAUGAUCAAUGGAUCUUUAAAGCAGUUUUUGCAAAAGAAAGACAGAACUAUUGAUCGCCGCAAGAGACUCAUCAUAGCCAUGGAUGCUGCCUUUGGAAUGGAGUACUUGCAUGGAAAGAACAUUGUACAUUUUGAUCUGAAAUGUGAAAAUUUGUUGGUUAAUAUGAGAGAUCCACAGCGGCCUGUGUGCAAGAUUGGCGACUUGGGCUUAUCAAAGGUAAAACAACACACUUUAGUGUCAGGAGGUGUCCGUGGAACUUUACCCUGGAUGGCACCUGAGCUUCUCAGUGGGAAAAGCCACAUGGUGACCGAGAAGAUUGAUGUUUACUCGUUUGGGAUUGUUAUGUGGGAAGUGCUCACGGGUGAUGAGCCUUAUGCAGAUAUGCAUUGUGCUUCCAUAAUUGGUGGAAUUGUAAACAACACAUUACGUCCACAAAUUCCAACAUGGUGUGAUCCUGAAUGGAAGUCUUUGAUGGAAAGUUGUUGGGCUUCUGAACCAUCGGUAAGGCCUUCAUUCUCGGAGAUCUCUCAGAAGCUGAGGAAUAUGGCCGCAGCAAUGAAUGUGAGAUAAAUCUAUUCGUGGGGUUGGUUUCACUUGUACUGUAUCUUGAACGAGAAUCGAUGCAAAUGGAAAUUAAAUGCAAUGCAGCAGUUCAAGGCAGCCUAAUGGUUUUUCAAGUAUAUGCUGGCUAAUAGUGUAGUCGCUUUUUUUUCCGACUUGGUUCAUUUUUAACGAACCUUUUCUAGUACUGCAGUAAAAAGGGUAUUAAUAUUCUAUUCUUUAUAGAGUGCAAUUGUAUGCUCUCUACAAUUGAUUUUGCCAGAAGAUUACAUGAUCAACAAGAGCUACUGCUGCACAAUUAGUAUGUGAGUAUUUCCUAUCAAUUUUUAUUAAAUUUCUAACCUCUUAAUUAUUCUAUUUUAA